UUCCGCGCUCGAAGUUUGGGAAUUUCAUGGGCUAUUCUUGUUUCAUGGGCUUAUCCUUGAUGCCUUUUGGGACACUUCGGAUUGUUGAAAGAUUAAUAUUCUUGUUGCGUUUUUAAGCGCGAAGUAUCAGUGAAAUUUUCUUCGAUACGUUGGAAAGGUUAGGAAGACGAGAAUUUGACAUUGCCUCGUAGCUUCCCUUAUUGGUUUGGAGUGCGCUGGUGAUCGAAGUUGUGCUUUUUUGUCGGAACUACUAAAGGAAGGCAUGGAUGAGAACCAGCAGCAAAGCAAAGAAAACAAAAGUGCUGAUGAGGUGCCACUUGAGUCUGUAAAUGGAAAGAAAACACUGAAAAAUGACGGUAGGGAAUACAUUGCUUGCACUAUAAAGUAUUGAAAGUAAUUUGCAACUCUCCAUAUUUGUUAUUUGUAAUUGACAUGCUUUGCACAGGUGUUGUGGGGUUAGUGGAGAAGUUAACUGUAUUUCAAAAAUUAAAUCACUUUAAAUUGCAGUGAAAGCUAUUACUUUUAUAGUUAUAAAAGUAUCAAAGGUAACUUCUCUGAGAACCUUCUCCAGUGUCUGUGAUAUAGAAGUGUCCACUAAAUAUAGGUUCAUUUAUUAAGAAAUGUGGGAAGAAUAGUAUGCAACUGAAAAUACAAGUAAGGACUGGAAAAGAAUAUUUAUUCCUUGCUAGUAAUCUCAGAACAGCUGUGUGGAGCUGGAAAUUAACAGUGCUGGAAUACAACAGUAAAUCCUGCUGAUAAACUGAGAACAGCUGUGUGGGGCUGGAAAUUAACAGUGCUGGAAUACAAUAGUUAACUCCUGCUGAGAAACUGAGAACAGCUGAGAGGGGCUGGAAAAUAACAGUGCUGGAAUACAACAGUUAUCCACUACUGAAAUUCAGAAACAGGAAACUUUUAAAUACUUUUGUGCAACAAUAUACUGAGCAUGCAGUAAUAUCUUCCAUUGCCUCAAUUCCAGUUACUUGUAGAAAGGUCAUCUCUGAACCAUUAAAUAGGAUCUGUUUUACCCGUUAUGGAAGAAAAAAUCUUAACCCUUUAACCCCUAAAAGUGACCAGCUUCUAAUUUCUCCUUACAAUAUCUCCCCUGAAUCAAACAUUGAGUUCAUGAGAAUAAAGGAAAUGACCAACAAUUUAUAAAUCUCUUGAUUUUUAUAAAAACUCUCUUUGUCAGGGCUUCAGGAAAUGUAUAGAGAACAGUAUGGAGAAUAUGCAUAAUGAUGUUAGGGUGUAAAGGGUUAAUCAAUAAAUGUAUGUUAAAGGUAGCAAUCUUCUAUAACUAUUACUUAUUCACAAAUACUAUAUUUUAUUUAGCAGAUUGUAGCUUCAAUGGAUGCCAGAAAUAUUUUUAUGAAAAACUGGCAGAUACAGUUUUGUAUUGUACUCCAGGAUAUACAUCUUUCCCAAAAGAUGGUAUUUCUUCAGAGAAGAAUGAAAACUUAAAUGCUUUCUUUAAUCAGUAUAAAAGACGAUUUUUUGAACGACGUAGCCUGAAAAGACCAGUCUACACACUAAAACUUGACCAAGAAGGUAAGAUUGUCCGUGACAAAAAUGGCAUCCUUGUUGUUUUGGUCAACAGUUAUGUUCAAGGAGAGCUUAAGACUACAAAGCAACUUCUCUACAGAGAGGCUGUAGAUGGUGUAUUAAGCAGUUUACACUACAUUAAAGGUGUCCUUGGAGAGGAUACUUGCCUCCCUGGAGGGGUGAAUGCCUUGAGUAGGCUAUUCAAUCAAAAAUAUGUAUUUAAGGGUAUUUUCAACCUUAUUAGGGCCUUCUUGGCUCGAUGCUCAACAUGUCAGGUCAACAACCCCUUGCCAAUGCGAGUGCUUCCCCCUCCUGUCCCCAUUAGAUCUUUUCGCCCCCAUUCCAGACUACAGUGUGACCUUAUUGACAUGGCCCCAAAGAAGCACCGUAGUUUUAUGCAGAAUAAUUGUUGGAGCUACCGUUACAUUCUAACAGUCAAGUGCUGUUUCUCGAAGUUUUGUUGGCUGUUCCCGUUAAAAACAAAGUCUGCAGAAGAAGUGUAUGCCGUUCUGAAGGCCUUGUUCAUCAAGGAAGGGUCACCUACUGUAAUUCAGUCAGAUAAUGGUGGUGAAUUCAUUGGAGAGGUAGUGCAAAAACUUUGCAAAGAAUUUGAAGUUUGCAUGGUUCAUGGUAGGCCACACCACCCACAGUCUCAAGGCCAGAUAGAAAAUCUCAACAAGCAAGUCAAAAGGUUACUUGCAAGGUUUUUACAACAGUUGCCUAGAGAUCUUCAGGCCAAUGUCUGGCCUUUACUACUCUCUGCUAUUGCAGACCUUUUGAAUUGCAAGUGGCACAGCACAAUUAAUGAUGUGCCUUUUCGAAUAUAUAAGAACCGUGAGCCUUCCUGCUUGGUGGACUACAUCAUCCCAGAUGAUAGUAUGUGGACAGAAAGUAUUGAAGAUGGUUGCCUUGAGGAUUAUGAAUUUUCAUCAGAAGAUUUCAUUGAACUUGAGAGACAUGGGGAAAGCACUUCCAUGGAUAAAUCUAAAUUAGAAGAGAUAACAGAGGCCAUCCUGCAAAUUUCUUCUGAGACCAUAUUAUUGUCCUCAUUGGGUGUUUCAGCUAAGCAGCUGUCAGCAGCUGUUAAGAAGAUAGUGCAAGGAAAUUCACAUUCUCCACCUUCUCACAGUCACAACAACAUCCCACUUCAAUCAGUGGAUUCAGAGGCAGAAUUCCAGGUAGAGAGCAUCACCAAAUACCUCUUCAACUUGAGUGAAGAAUACAAAUCUAAGAUGGUGGAUGUGCUUGAAGCAACAGAACACACCAUUCAAAAGAAUCACAAACGGGCUCUUAAGAGGGCUAAAGAGCGGGAAUUUAAGGUGGGAGACAAAGUUCUCUUCCAAAAUCCACGUUCAGAAGGAUUGCAUUUUUCAAAGCCAGAUCCCUUUCAGCCCUUGAAUGUUCUGGGGGUCAUCAAAGAGGUGCGUCCUGGAGGAAUGUUCAAGGUGGAGAUAGAAUGUGGAGAGCAAUUGGUAGUUAAAUCCAUUUUUGGUGGCCAGAUGGUUUUGUUCAAGGAAAAGCAGUGUGAACUUCCCCUUUGUGAAACACCCCCCAAGUUAUCUUUGCUGAAUAUGCACAAUUUCAUUUCAGAGUUUGGCCUAACUGUGCGUAAGGAGAUGUAUAAUCGAAGUCUAAGGUUGAGGAAAGUGGCUCACCAUAGAAGUAUUGAUGAUUUAUUGAAGAGUUAUUGUCAGGUUCUGGAUUAUGGACUCCUUGCCAUGGUAUCGUCGUUUUCUGACAGAGAGGAAGAAGAAGCUGUGUUUCACCAGAAGUUUGUAACUGGCCUUCAAACUUUACAGGCUUUGGGUUUUCAGUACUUUCUCUAUGGUACAAUCUUUUGGGAGAGAGACAGAAAGCAAAACCUGGGAAAGUCAAUUCUAAGUCAUCUCACCAGUUACGAGGAGCACUCUGACUGCUUGUCGUGCGUUGGAGAGCAAAAAGAAACUCCAUGCUUUCAUCCCUGCUGCCAGAAUCUUGUGCUUCAGAUGGCUGUUAACUGUGGGCUCUUCUGUGUAACAAUAGAUGGUUGCAUUGUACCAUCUGAUGAUAGUAUAAUGAAAACAUCUCAGACAGCUCCAAAGGAAACCCCUCUGUUAAGUAGCCAUACAACUGAGGCUAGUACUUCAUGCCAUGAUAAAGACAGUAUCAAAAGACCUAGCACCCAAGUCGGUGUUGAUGAGCCAGUGUUCAAUAAGGAUGAUCUGCUUGACCAUACAAAUGAUGUAAAUGUUGAUGUUGGAUCCAACAGAUGCAGUACACCCCAAGGAAGUCUGAAAACCCAUGAAGUCACCCUUGGUGAGCCAUCCACAUCAUUGCUGUUCAUGCCAGGAAGCAAUCAAGGAAUGCUAUGGAAGCCAGCUGAGUUGAAGGACAAGUGUCAGCAACAUCUAGAGAACAUUGAUCCUUAUUGCAGUGAACUGGCCAAGUUUGUAAUGCCCUUGAAGGGCUUUCUUGCAGCCAUAAAUCCUUCUCAAGAUAAUGCCACAGAAAGAAGUAACUUGAGGUACUUUUUAAAGAUUAUUGACAAGCAUGCAAAUAAAGAUGUACAGAGCCAAGUGCGCCUAAGUAGCAACAAUGGCAGUCAGGAGUGUAUGCAAGUUCAAGGGUACAGCUCAUUCUGUGGACUUUGUGCAAUGAACAAUGCAAUAGGUUGUUCCAGGAAAGGACCUACUAUGUUCAAUUUGUUUGACCUAGAUUUGGCAGCAGACAUCAUUUGGUUAAAACAGGUUUGUGAAGUUGGCUGUGGAUUUUCUGUACCUUUAGAGCCUAUGCGGGGUCUUGAUGGUGACUACAGUAUUUUAGCAAUGGAGGAGGCAGCAAUUAGGAAGAACUGUACAUUUCAAAGACUAGAUUUACCCUUGAGGGCACUUGUGGAUGGUGCUGCAAUUAAUUCCCUUGACACCAGCAGUCUCCAGGAAUUUUAUUCCCUUCUUCUGGGAUUGUUCCAGGCAGAUGAGAGACCAUCACUCAUUGUGAGGACAAAGGAAUAUCACUUUGUUACUCUGCUCUUUAAAGCAGAUGCAAUUGUACUUCUUGAUAGUCGCAGGACAUCUGCUCUUCCACUGUCCCUUAAAGAUGGCCUAGGUUACAUUCAGAGAGAAGCAUAUCAGAACCCAGAUUUUGCUGCUGUAAACCUUCAAGGGCCUGGAACUUAUGGCAAUCCUGUGAGAGUGAAUGACUUGCCAGAAGUUAAGCUGCACACAAAUUUUCAUUGCACACUGGAUGAGGUGUGGGAUUUAAGCAGUACUAUAAGUGAUGAUACCAUCAUUGCCACACUCCAUGGACAAGUCAAAGCAAAAGAUGUUCGUACCCUCAAGCCAGGUAACCAAAUAAAUGAUGUUGUGAUCAACUACAUUGGUCCAUUCUUAAUGAGUCAGAAAAAGGAUGUGUAUGUGGCAAGCACCUUUUGGCUAAAUCACUGCAGCCAAGAGCUGGGUGUUAAGGAAAUGCUUAGGUGUGAUUUUCACAAGUAUGAAAAGUUUGUAUUUCCUGUUCAUUGCCCUGGUCACUGGUGGUGUGUCUUAAUAGACAGGCCAAUGAAGUUGUAUGGGGAAUUUGACUCCCUUUGUAAAGAUCGAAGGAGUGAUUAUGUUUUUCAGGUCUUGUGCAGGGAAUUCAAAACUGCAAAUAUUGAUAUUUCUUCAUUUCGAAGGUUAAGUCAGGAGGAAAGAGAAAAGUUGCCUUCUCAAGGACAGAAUGUUUUUGACUGUGGUGUCUUUGUGUUGGGUUUUAUCAGUGCAUUUGUCAACAACUUGGAAAUGAAUUUCAGCUUAAGGGAUAUGCCAUUCCUGCGGAAUUCAUUUGCGAAAAUUAUCAUGAAUGGGCAACCAGUAUGUGACAUUAAAAAUUGUCCCAGUACCCAAGAAAGUUGUCAUCCAGCUUGUGAAGAAGGUGGCCAUGGAAGUGUCCUUGGGCUAGUUGGUUGCUCUACCAUUGAAACUAUGAGAUGUAGGGGUCAAGAGAAUAUUUGCAGUGACAAAGAAUCUGGAGUAAGUGGUACAGGACUUAUACAUUGUGCUGGUGAAAACAGCAGUGCAAGAAUAGGUGAAGAUGGAAUUAAGAAAUGCAGAACAGGAGUGAGUCCAUUUAGUCCUGACAAAACCAUGGAAGAGGUUUCUGUUGGUUUUGGUGUUGCUUUUCCUGGUAAGUAUGAAUUAGGGGAUUUUGAGAAGGAUUAUGAAGAUAUGGAAGAUGAUCCAUUUGUUGUCCCCCCUCCUCUUCUGCCAUUAGACAUUCAACUACGGGACAAAGACACAGAGUUGUCAAAUGAAAACAAUAUUCAAGCCAGUGAACCAGAUGAUGAAGAUUUGGUCUUGUAUGAGCUCCUCAAGCCUCCUUAUGAUGCUUCUCACGAGAUGCUCUAUUCUAAAGAAGAAAGGAAGGUAUUCCAAGGCCUUAACCCCAUCACUGAGCAAUAUCUUUUCAAACUAAGGAAGGAGAAAGGGAUAAAUGUUCCAAGAGGGUGUUACCAUGCAGUGAUGACAACAGAAGAAAUGGUAGAUUUUGAUUACUGGAGGCAGGUAAGGAAGGGGAAGUCGAGACAAAGAUUUUUCCAUUACAGGUGGGAUAGAGCCUUCGAAGUUUGGACCAAGGAGACCACAGAAGAGUUGAUAGAUGUGGCAAGUAUCUUAGAGCGAGUUGAUAGUGAUGGAUGGGUCUUAUUGAACAUCACAGAACAGUAUCACUAUGAAAUGUGGAGAGACUGGAAAUGGAGGCAACUUGAGGAGAAAGACAAUUGCCUCGAAUCGCAAUUUUGAAAGCUGUAUGUCGAUUCGUUGUCUUGCUCCUCAGCACAUUUUGCGGUUUUUCCAUUUUUGCCGCGGGUUUUUUCUUUGCCCUUCGCAACUUUGCACAUUAAUGUGUCGUCCUCCUCAACGCUCCACUCAGCGAUCGAGAUAAGCAAAAAAGAAACGUGCCUGCAAUGAGUUACUUUUCUUGGUUAAUCUUGAUCAUCGUCAUUGACGCCAGGAGGUUCCGUUGUCCUAUUGGUUUGCGGUUUCAGGAGGCAAGCGGAUAAUCACCUGGCGUGACGCGGUUGUUCGCGAACCUUUAUGAACUAAAAUCUCGCAUUUGAUUUUGGGAGGAGUACAACCACUUUGAGCGAAUUUAUGGGGUAUACAGAUUUGACCGAUU